AUGGCUAUUCCUCUCUGGCAACUCGUUCUCGGCUUCCUCGCCACUUCUGUCGUAUACUCACUCCUCUCCUCGAUCUACCUCCGCAUCCAGCACCGCCGCAAAGCAGCCGCCCAAGGAUGCCAACCCCCUAAAAAGGUUUCCGGUGGCUUUUUAAAUCUCGGAUACAACAACUACAAAACCAUCAUCGAAUACUCCUCUCAAUACAAAUCACUGGAUCUAAUCGACAAAUGGGUCCGCGAGAAUGGAUAUACAUUCCAACAAGUCGUCCUGGGCACAAAGGCUCUCGUGACCGCUGAACCGGAAAACAUCAAAGCCAUGCUCGCCACGCAAUUUAAUGAUUUCGGUCUAGGUCUGAGACGGAAAGCGUUUGGUCCGUUUUUGGGCGAUGGCAUUUUCACGCUGGAUGGUGCGGGAUGGUCGCAUUCGCGCGCGAUGUUACGGCCGCAGUUUUCGCGCGAUCAGGUCGCUGAUGUGGGCAUGUUGGGCGAUCAUGUUGAUCAGUUGAUUGCGCUGAUGCCGGCUGAUGGAACGCCGUUUGACAUUCAGGAAUAUUUCUUCAAGAUGACACUCGAUACCGCGACGGAAUUUUUGUUUGGCGAGUCGACGAAUUGCUUGCUCGAAAACAAUAAAACCCCAAGCGGAAAGUCGUCGGCAUUGUCGACUGUUGGUGGCGAGGAAGGGUUUGCGUAUGCGUUCAACAAGUCUCAGGAUUAUGUGGUGAAGAGGGUUCGAGCACAGGAUUUUUACUGGCUGGUCACCUCUGCGGAGUCUCGUCGCGACUGCAAGAACGUGCACAAUGUGGUUGAUUACUACGUUGACGCAGCUUUGGCGAGGUACAACCAUGCCGGCGGCGAUCAGGAGAAGUUUAUUGAUAGCGCGAACUCGGACCGAUAUGUUUUCCUAGAUGCGAUGGUCAGGGAAACGCAGGACCGAAGGGCUUUGAGAGACCAGAUGUUGAAUAUCUUGCUGGCAGGUCGGGACACGACAGCCAGUCUGUUGAGUUCGUCGUUUUACUAUCUCGCCCGCUACCCGCGUGUAUGGCAGCGACUUCGCGAGGAGAUUGUCGCGACAUUCCCACCCAGCGAAUCCGCGGACUCGAUCACAAUCGCUCGCCUGCGCGAAGUUCGCUACUUGAAACAUUUCCUCAACGAGGUUUUGCGUCUUCUGCCACCGGUGCCCACAAAUGGCCGAUUCGCUGUAAAGGAUACUACGUUGCCCGUUGGUGGCGGUGUAGAUGGAAAAUCGCCUGUGUUUGUCCCCAAGGGCACAAAAUGUCUCUAUAAUGUUACCGUGAUGCAUCGACGAAAGGAUCUCUGGGGCCAGGACGCGGAAGAGUUCAGGCCUGAGCGAUGGGAGGAGAAUGGGCGGCAUGGAUGGGAGUAUUUGCCGUUUAACGGUGGGCCUAGAAUUUGUCUCGGCCAGCAAUAUGCAUUGACGGAAGCAAGCUACGUUCUUGUCAGACUGUUGCAGCGGUUUGACCAUAUCAGUAAUGCGCAGCCGGAGAUUACGAGUCCUUGCAUGAAACUGUCUUUGACCGCGUAUCAUGCGCGCGGUGUGAAGGUUGGCUUGUUUGCUAAUGAGUAA